GCGAGCGGGCGGUGUGCUUCUCGUGCUCGUGAGGGAUCGCUCAGGCGAGCGGAGGACGGGAAGAGGCGCGGCGGCGAUGAGGAUGGCGGCGCUGGCGAGCGCGGCGGAGCGCGCUGUACUGGAAGAAGAGUUCAAGUGGCUGUUGCGAGAGGAGGUUCAUGCUGUCCUACAGCAACUGCAAGAUAUUCUGAAGGAGGCUUCACAUCGGUUUACUUUGCCUGUGGGGGGCUCAGAGGGACCCAUCAAGCAGGAGAACUUUAUUCUGGGUAGCUCAAAUGCUGACCAAGUGAAGGGAGUCCUGAUGCUUCAGGGAGAUGCUCUGUGCCAGGCGGAUAUUAACUUGAAAAUGCCCAGAAAUAACCAACUCCUACACUUUGCAUUCCGGGAUGACAAGCAGUGGAAACUGCAGCAGAUACAGGAUGCAAGGAAUCAUGUCAACCAAGCCAUCUACUUACUUACUAACAGAGGCGCCAAUUACCAAUUCAAGACAGGCUGCGAGGUCCUCAAGCUGAUGGACGCAGUGAUGUUGCAGUUGACAAGAGCUCGAAAUCGACUUACCACUCCAGCCACUUUGACCCUACCAGAAAUUGCCUCCGGUGGCCUCACAAAAAUGUUCACUCCUGCUCUGCCUCCAGAUAUCCUAGUGAAUUUCUACAUCAACCUGAACAAGCUCUGCUUGACAGUCUAUCAGCUGCAUGCACUGCAGCCCAGUUCCACAAAGAACUUUAGACCUGCUGGAGGGUCUAUUCUGCACAACCCAGGGGCCAUGUUUGAGUACAGCAACCAAAGAUACGAAGUCAGCCACGUUCAUAAAGUGGAGUGUGUGGUACCCUGGCUGAAUGAUGCCCUCGUUUUCUUUACAGUAUCCCUUCAGCUAUGCCAGCAGCUAAAAGACAAGAUUGCUGUAUUUUCUGGCUAUUGGAACUACAAGCUGUACUGAUCCUGUCCAUUUGCAGGUUCAGCCAUUCUCUUACAGGGAGAGAAAAAAAUCGUUGUAUAAGCAGUAUAUGCAUGGUGUUGUAGGAUCCCACCACUCACGGUGUCUGCCGGAUAAGGCACCAUGCCCAGUGCUGGCAUCCUUGUGUUACUGUUUAUUAGCACUUUAGAAACACACACAUUUCCUUCCACGUGCAUGAAGGCUAGGGUUCAGCUUAUCCCGGAAACACUACUUAGAUCUCACUCUGCUAGUGGGUACAGGGUGCCUAGCGCCUAGAGCCAGGACUGUAUUGGCAGAGCCCCCUGGUCCAUGCCUGGGGCCUGCCUUGGAUGGCAAGGAGGUGGUCUUGUCCCCACAAGGAGUAUUCCUUUCUCUAGCAUUUCCUUGUCAUCGUGUGGAUGUGCUGCUGAUCCCCCAGCCGUGUGCACAAAUGUGACUAUUCAUCCAGAGCCGCAGGGAACCAUUUCUUUUGGUGGUGGGCUAAAGGAUGCUUUCCAUAAGCAAAAGCACCACCUUUGUCAGGUCUUCCAGUGGGCCUUUUUCGCCCAUCUGCCCUCGAGAGAUGCAAACUAAACAUCUUGGCGGCAGAAGUUGGUUGCUGCUAACCUUGUAUGAAUCAUUCCUCAAACCAAUCCACUGCUGUGAAAUAAAGAUCCCUAAACGUU